AUGCGUACCUCGGUCGAUGCCGCCGACGAGGCGCUGGCCCGGAUGGGCUACAAGAGCGAGCUCCCACGCAACCUGAGCAUGCUCAGCGUCCUCGGCCUCUCCUUCGCCAUCAUGGCCGCCCCCUACGGUCUCAGCACCACCCUCUACAUCACCCUCGACGAUGGCCUCUCCGUGACUAUCAUCUGGGGCUGGGUGUUCGUCACCCUCAUUUCCAUUGCGAUCGCCGCCUCCCUCGCUGAGAUCUGCGCCGUCUUCCCGACCGCUGGGGGAGUCUACUACUGGAGCGCCAUGCUCUCGACACGUCGCUGGGCGCCGCUCAUGUCAUUUAUCGAUGGCUGGCUCACCCUCGUCGGCAAUUGGACGGUCACGCUCAGUAUCAUCUUCGGAGGUGCCGAGCUCGUUCUCAGCGCCAUCUCUCUGUGGGACGAGUCCUUCGUCGCCAAUGCCUGGCAGACGGUGCUCAUGUUCUGGGCGGUGAUGCUGGUGUGCGUGCUCGUCAACGUCUUCUUUUCGCGGUAUCUCGACUUGAUCAAUAAAGUGUGCAUCUAUUGGACCGCGGCCAGUGUGAUCGUCAUUCUUAUCACCCUGUUGACCAUGGCCGACCACCGACGCAGCGGCGAAUUUGUCUUUGCUCACUAUGAUGCCUCCCAUAGCGGGUGGCCGUCGGGCUGGGCCUUUUUCGUGGGUCUGCUGCAGGCAGCAUAUACGCUGACGGGCUAUGGUAUGGUGGCUGCCAUGUGUGAGGAGGUGCAGAACCCCCACCGUGAGGUCCCCAAGGCCAUUGUGCUGUCCGUGGUGGCGGCCGGUAUCACGGGAUUGCUCUACUUGAUUCCAAUUCUGUUCGUUCUGCCGCAAUUGAAGGCGCUUCGAAACGUGGCGAGCGGACAGCCAAUUGGACUGCUGUUUAAGACAGUGACGGGCUCCGCGGGCGGCGGGUUUGGCCUGCUUUUCCUCAUUUUGGGGAUCAUGCUUUUUGCGGGUAUUGGCUCGCUGACUGCGGCCAGUCGCUGCACGUAUGCAUUCGCCCGGGACGGUGCCAUCCCCGGGUUCCGGCUUUGGCGCAAAGUCAACAAGAAGCUCGACGUGCCUGUCUGGGCGAUCCUCCUGUCGGCGGCCGUCGACUGUCUACUGGGCCUGAUUUAUCUGGGCUCGACAGCCGCGUUCAACUCGUUCACUGGUGUUGCGACGAUCUGUUUGUCCACGUCCUACGGGCUCCCCAUUCUCAUUUCCGUCGUCCGGGGCCGUCGCGACGUGCGCGCCUCCACCUUCUCUCUUGGCCGAUUUGGCUACAUCAUCAAUUGCAUCACCGUCGCAUGGAUUAUCCUCUCCGUGGUGCUCUUUUGCAUGCCCGCGACGCUGCCCGUGACGGCCUCGUCCAUGAAUUAUGCUAGUGUCGUGUUUGCCGGGUUUGGCACCAUCAGCAUCGUCUGGUAUUUCGUCUAUGCGCGCAAGCACUUCACGGGCCCACCUGUCAGCAGCGUCGAAGCCCGUGCCGCCGCGGGGAUUAUGACGGACGCAACCGUCGUGGAUGCAGAGCAUACGGCGGCGCUGGAGACAGCGGAGAAGAAGCCGUCGUCGAGCGAGUAG